AUGAACAAACAACCGGGGUACUGGUACCCAUCCAUGGGCAACCAGGAAUUGAUAGAUUGCUUCGAUACUUGGGGAAUCAAAUUGACCACCCAACAGCUCCUUAAACCGUCCCCCGAGUUCGUGUACGACGUUUACCUCGCUUGCAUUCUCCAGGUGAACGGGGUGACACAGCAAGUGCUGGAUGAAAGGCUCGAAAUAUUACUGGCCGCGAUUAAUGAGCCUAAUCCGGAUAUCUUUGGAAAUAGCCUUAGCCAAAACCUCAUCUUGUACCAGAUAUCUCGCCUUGCAGAUGCUGCGAAAGUGCCAGAUUUCAAUAUCAAAGACCUGACCUUUCCUGAUUCAACUCGGACGUGUGGCAUACUCUGUGCCAUUGCGAAUUUCAUCAAAUUCAACGAACAAUGCGAGGUCUUCAUCUCCGAGCUUCGCGACGGGUCUGCUGCUCUUGUAAAAGAACGAGAGAUCGUCGCAAUGGAGCUAGCUGAAGUGCGAAGGAACAAUGCUGCACUCAGUGCAAAGCAAGCGGAGGACAGACCUAUGUGUGAAAGCCUUCAACAAGAGAAUGCAGGUCUCACGGCACACCUGAUUGCGCAAAAAGAGAUACAAGGGGUUCUGCUGAAGGAUAUCGAAAAUCUCAAGGCGGACAGGGAGUCUCUAGUGCAACGAAAAGAAGGGCUCAAUGCAGACAGUGCAGUUGUGUCCGAUACAGUAGCACGUACACGUUCUCGCAUUGUACAGUCUCCGGAACGUAUCAGACGCAAUAUCUCAAGUAUGAGCACAACGGCAAUGGAGGACAAGAAGACACUUGGAGCUCAAGAGGCGAAAGCUCGCGAUCUUCAGGCCAAAAUCUCCGCUCUCUUGAAUAUUGAAAAGGACGUCCGAGGGGCCUUGGAGCAGCUACAAACUAUUGAGAAGGAAGCUUACGCUCUUGAACUCACCCAAAAAGAGUUCAUUGACACUCGAGACCAUCUCGACCAAAAGAAAAUCGAGCGUACAGAAUUAGAGAUGAAAUAUCAAGCAAGCUUUCGUGUGCAAAAACAGCUAUCAAACGCUCAAGAAAAAUUAGAACGCGCACAACAACACGCCGAAGAUAAGCGGCUUGCCGGUCAACACACGAUUGAGCGAUUGCAACGCGAAUAUGAAGAAAUGGUUCUCGACCGCCGUGACAAUGAAAAGCAGGUAGAGGAGUUGCGCAGUAAGGCGAAUGAGUUUGAACGACAGAUGGCUGAGCAUCUACGCAGUUGCGAAGCUGAGCUGAACGAGCUGCUCACAGAGUAUUGGAAACUGCGACAUGAGACUGAGGUAUAUAUGGAGAUACUCGCAAACAAGCUAGGCAUGCGUGUUUCUGCAACCUAA